AUGUCUGAAAAUCUCAUUGCCUCUCUUCAAGUCGGACGCAACGCUCCUUCUAUGCCUGUUGAAGAAUACAGAGCUCGUAAGGUUGCCCUUGUUACUGGUGUUACUGGCCAAGAUGGUUCUUACUUGACCGAAUUUUUAUUGGAGAAGGGCUAUGAGGUUCACGGUAUCAUUCGUAGAUCCUCUUCUUUCAAUACUGGCCGUAUUGAACACAUUUAUAAGGAUAGACAUGAUCAAGGCGUCAAGUUCUUCCUCCACCAUGGUGAUUUGACUGACUCCACCUGUCUCGUUCACAUCAUCUCUCAAAUCCAACCCACUGAAGUGUACAACUUGGCUGCUCAGUCUCACGUCAAGGUUUCCUUCGACAUGUCCGAAUACACUGGUGAUGUAGAUGCUCUCGGUACUCUUCGUCUUUUGGAUGCUAUCCGUACCUGUGGUUUGAGUGAUCGUGUUCGUUUCUACCAAGCCUCUACCUCUGAACUCUACGGUAAGGUUGUCGAGACCCCUCAAAAGGAAACCACACCUUUCUAUCCUCGUUCUCCCUAUGGUGUUGCCAAGCUCUACGGUUACUGGAUCACUGUCAACUACCGUGAAUCAUACAACAUGUACGCCUGUAACGGUAUUCUGUUCAACCACGAAAGUCCUCGUCGUGGCCGUACUUUUGUCACUCGCAAGAUUACUCGUGCUGUUGCCGAUAUCCAUUUAGGCCGUCAAGAUUGUCUCUACCUUGGUAACAUUGAUGCUAAGCGUGAUUGGGGACAUGCUCGUGAUUAUGUUGAGGGUAUGUGGCUCAUGCUCCAACAAGAUGAACCUCAAGAUUUCGUCUUGGCCACUGGUGAAACUCACACUGUCCGUAGCUUCGUUGAGAAGGCCUUCAAGGUUACUGGUCGUAACAUUGUCUGGGAAGGUGAGGGUGUCAAUGAGAUUGGUAAGGAUGCUGAGACAGGCAAGGUCCGUGUUCGCAUUGAUCCCAAGUACUUCCGUCCUGCUGAAGUUGAGCUCUUGUUGGGCGAUCCCACCAAGGCCAACACUGAAUUGGGUUGGAAGAGAAAGGUCGACUUUGACGAGUUGGUUACUGAAAUGGUUGUCUCUGAUAUCGAAGGUGGUCUCAACUCCUCCACAUUAAUGUAA